AGGGCGCAUUCCCUAGCUUGAAAGAACUAGAAUUAUGUGAAAUGCCCGGGCUAUCGCAUCUGUGGAGAGGAAAUUUUCAGCCUUGCAAUGCCUUUCAAAAUCUCAGGACUCUAAAAGUGUCAGAAUGUAGCAGUUUAGAAAAUUCCUGUUUCUCAAUGUUGCCUCUCCAGAAUUUAGGAACUCUGCUAGUUUCCAAGUGUGAUGGGUUGAGAUAUUUACUGACCCCCUCAAAAGCUAAAACUCUGAAUCGACUUAAAAGAAUGAAUGUCUCGGAAUGCAAAUCGAUGGUGGAAAUUAUAACACAUUUGGGAGAUGAAGUAGUAGAGAAUUCAAUUGUUUUCGGCAAAUUGGAUUGUUUGGAACUUCACAGUUUGUCCAGCCUUAAAAGCUUUUGUGGUGGGGAUUAUUCUUUUGAAUUUCCAUUAUUGGAAAAAGUAAUAGUCAGAAAAUGCUUGAAGAUGGAGACUUUUUGUCUUGGAGAUUUAAGCACACCGAGUCUCCAAAGACUACAGUUGACAGAUGGAGGAGAGGACGCAGUAGAAGAAUGUUGGGAAGGCAACCUUAAUUCCACCAUACAAUAUUUGUUCAAAAAUAUGCUAUGCUUUAUGAUUACAGAAUGUGCAAUACUCCAAAGAAGAUUGAAGUCAUUCCUUUAAUGGUGUGUGAUAUACCACAGCUCCGUUUCCUCCAGGUGAAGAGGGACUCUGUUUCUACUAUCUCAACUGAUUUUAUCUUCACAUUUUGUUGAAAGUGGAAUGCCCUCUGUAUACACAUUUUUUCUGUUGUUGUAGAUGAAUUUGUUUUAUGUAUGCCAAUUUCUACAAGUUGCCAAACAUUUUGGGCAAACAAGACACAAUAUGCAGUUUGUUUACUUCAGUGUGUAUGCUUUAUUGAAUUCUUUCUCCCAGGAACAACAAUGAUUAUAAAGUCAAAUGGGGGAUAUUUAAUGAUCUUCA